AAAUAAAUACAACCACUACAUAUUAUCAAUCCUCAUUCCUCACUCACUCCAAUGCAAUAAUAAUAUUCAGCUUCAGCUUCAGCUUCACCAACCCCAUUUUCCCUCUGCUUUUGCUGUUCUCCUUUUGUUUCUGAUUUCUGUGUUCAUGGAGCGUGCCCGGCGCCUCGCGAACCGGGCGAUUCUGAAGCGCCUGGUCUCGGACGCGAAGCAGUACCGCCAGAAUGAAUCGCUGCUGCACAGUCCCUCGCCUGUAUCCUACACUCCGUCGAGGUAUGUAUCGUCCCUGACCCCGUACGUUUUCAUGCGCAGAAGCUCUAGAUCAGAUUCGUUGCAUAAUGUUGGUCACGGCGCUGGGUCUCAAACUCGAUCUAUAUCGGUCGAGGCACUGAAACCCAGUGACACUUUUCCACGCCGCCAUAACUCGGCGACCCCGGAAGAACAAACAAAAAUGGCUAACCUGUGCGGGUUCGAGAAUCUCGACUCCCUUAUUGAUGCCACCGUGCCUAAAUCGAUUAGAAUUGAAUCAAUGAAGUUUUCUAAAUUUGAUGAGGGAUUAACCGAGAGCCAAAUGAUUGAGCACAUGCAAAAACUGGCUUCAAAGAAUAAGAUUUUCAAGUCAUAUAUUGGUAUGGGGUACUAUAACACCUAUGUUCCGCCUGUGAUUUUGAGGAACAUAAUGGAGAAUCCGGGUUGGUACACGCAGUACACGCCGUACCAGGCCGAGAUAGCACAAGGGCGUCUUGAAUCUUUGCUUAAUUUCCAGACUUUGAUUACGGAUCUUACCGGCCUGCCCAUGUCAAAUGCUUCAUUGCUUGAUGAAGGAACAGCCGCUGCUGAGGCCAUGGCUAUGUGUAAUAACAUUCUCAAGGGGAAGAAGAAGACUUUUCUUAUUGCCAAUAACUGUCACCCGCAAACUAUUGAUAUUUGUAAGACUAGAGCAGACGGUUUUGAUCUUAAAGUAGUUACCGUGGAUCUUAAGGAUAUCGAUUACAAAUCCGGGGAUGUUUGUGGUGUUCUGGUCCAGUAUCCGGGGACCGAGGGUGAGAUUUUGGAUUACAAGGAGUUUAUUAAGAAUGCUCAUGCUCAUGGGGUUAAGGUUGUCAUGGCAACGGAUCUAUUGGCGUUGACAAUUUUGAAGCCACCUGGUGAACUGGGUGCUGAUAUUGUUGUUGGCUCAGCUCAGAGGUUUGGAGUUCCUAUGGGGUAUGGAGGACCUCAUGCGGCAUUCCUGGCCACAUCCCAAGAGUACAAGAGAAUGAUGCCAGGGAGAAUCAUUGGUGUGAGUGUUGAUUCUUCAGGGAAGCCUGCUCUGCGCAUGGCUAUGCAGACAAGGGAGCAGCAUAUCCGUAGGGACAAGGCUACCAGCAACAUUUGCACUGCUCAGGCAUUGCUUGCAAACAUGGCUGCUAUGUAUGCUGUUUAUCAUGGACCUGAAGGUCUUAAAGCCAUUGCUCAACGAGCUCAUGGUCUUGCUGGGGUAUUUUCACUUGGACUGAAGAAACUUGGGACAGUGGAAGUUCAGGGCCUUCCCUUCUUUGACACUGUGAGGGUUAAGGUUGCUGAUGCAAAUGCAAUUGCUGAUGUUGCUUAUAAAAGCGACAUAAAUUUGCGAAUUGUAGACCCAAAAACCAUCACUGUUUCCUUUGAUGAGACAACAACCUUGGAGGAUGUUGAUAAGCUUCUCAAAGUUUUUGCUGGUGGCAAGCCUGUUUCAUUCACUGCUGCAUCUCUGGCACCAGAGGUUCAGACCGUAAUUCCAUCUGGGCUAACAAGGGAGAGCCCAUAUCUCACCCAUCCAAUCUUUAACACAUAUCAUACAGAGCAUGAGCUGCUCAGAUACAUACAUAGGUUACAAUCCAAGGAUCUCUCUCUAUGCCACAGUAUGAUUCCGUUGGGAUCUUGUACAAUGAAAUUGAAUGCAACAACUGAAAUGAUGCCAGUGACAUGGCCUAGCUUUUCUGAUAUUCACCCUUUUGCCCCAAUUGAACAGACUAAGGGUUAUCAGGAAAUGUUCAAAGAUUUGGGUGACCUAUUGUGUACCAUCACUGGGUUCGACUCUUUCUCCUUGCAACCUAAUGCUGGUGCUGCUGGAGAGUAUGCUGGCCUGAUGGUUAUCCGAGCAUAUCAUCUGGCAAGAGGGGACCAUCAUCGCAAUGUGUGUAUUAUACCUGUUUCAGCACAUGGGACAAAUCCUGCUAGUGCUGCUAUGUGUGGAAUGAAAAUUGUCUCUGUUGGAACUGAUGCCAAGGGAAACAUCAACAUUGAAGAGUUAAGGAAGGCUGCUGAAGCUAAUAGGGACAGCCUUUCAGCUCUUAUGGUCACAUAUCCUUCAACUCAUGGAGUCUAUGAAGAAGGAAUUGAUGAGAUAUGUAAGAUAAUUCAUGACAAUGGAGGUCAGGUAUACAUGGAUGGGGCUAACAUGAAUGCACAGGUGGGGCUGACAAGCCCUGGUUGGAUUGGAGCAGACGUUUGCCAUCUCAAUCUCCAUAAAACAUUCUGCAUUCCACAUGGAGGAGGUGGUCCUGGCAUGGGUCCUAUUGGUGUGAAGAAACACCUGGCACCAUUUUUGCCAUCACAUCCUGUGGUAUCCACGGGCGGAAUUCCUGCCCCUGACAAGUAUCAGCCACUUGGUACCAUUUCUGCUGCACCUUGGGGCUCUGCACUUAUUCUGCCAAUAUCAUACACAUAUAUAGCCAUGAUGGGGUCUAAGGGACUCACUGAAGCAUCAAAGAUAGCAAUUCUGAAUGCCAAUUACAUGGCAAAACGUUUGGAGGACAAUUAUCCCAUUCUUUUCCGUGGUGUUAAUGGAACUGUUGCCCAUGAAUUCAUUGUUGAUUUAAGAGGCUUCAAGAAUACUGCUGGGAUAGAGCCUGAAGAUGUUGCCAAACGUCUAAUAGACUAUGGAUUUCAUGGACCAACAAUGUCAUGGCCAGUCCCAGGCACACUCAUGAUUGAACCAACUGAAAGUGAAAGCAAGGCCGAGUUGGACAGGUUUUGUGAUGCACUUAUUUCCAUUAGAGAAGAAAUUGCUCAGGUUGAGAAUGGAAAGGCAGACAUCCACAACAACGUCCUGAAGGGCGCUCCUCAUCCACCAUCCCUGCUCAUGGGAGAUGCAUGGAAGAAACCAUAUUCUCGGGAAUAUGCUGCCUUCCCGGCUCCUUGGCUCCGUGUUGCGAAGUUCUGGCCUACUACAGGACGUGUUGACAAUGUGUAUGGCGACCGCAACCUCGUCUGUACCCUUCUCCCAACAUCACAAGUUGUUGAAGAGGCGGCAGCAGCCACCGCUUAGUCUUCAGCGCCAUGCUCCUUGCCCCGAGGUUUCUCUUUGAAACCGCUUUCUUCUCCCACUUGUUGUAAAUAAGUUUCCAUAUUCAUGAAAGUCCUUUACAGCUGGUGACAUUGCCAAUGAUAACAAUUGUUAUUCCUAAGACCAUAAUGAUGAUCAGAUGCCCUGAUAACAA